UGGAUAACUGCCGACCAUCACCAUGCAUCUUCUACCUUUGGUUCUCCUGCCCCUGACAGCCCAGGCCAUUAACAUCGUCUCAUCCAACGACGAUGGAUGGGCCGAGAUUAAUAUCCGCCAGUUCUACAAGGCCCUGACCGCAGCUGGCCACUCCGUCGUGGUGUCUGCGCCAGCCGAAAACCAGAGUGGAACAGGCUCCUCUGACAAAACACCAACCACCCUGACGGAACCAUGCGAGUUCAACAGCUGUCCGUCCGGCAGCCCUGCAACAGGCUUUAAUGCCUCCGAGCCCCGGCUCAACUAUGUCAACUCCUACCCCGUCACCUCAAUGAAAUACGGCAUUAGCACCGCUGCGCCCCCGUUCUUCAAUGGCGCCCCUCCCGCCCUAGCUGUCUCCGGCCCCAAUGUGGGCUCGAACCUCGGCCUGGUCGUGUACUUCUCCGGCACAGUCGGCGCAGCACACUACGCGGCCGAGAACGGGAUCCCCGCCAUCGCCUUCUCAGGGAGUUCCGGCUCGCCGACGGCAUGGAAUGCGGCUGUUCCGGCGUACAGCCAGGUGUACGCGCAGUUGGCCACGAAAAUCACCAAUCAGAUCGUCGCAUCGGGCACGCCCUACCUGCCCGACCAGGUCUGGUUGAACGUCAACUUUCCCGAGGUGAGCAGCGAGUGUGCCACCGCGGACGACUUCAAGUUUGUGCUGUCGCGGAUCUUCACGGGCUCGCGGCUGCCGACUGAGUCGACGGUUGUGGGUACCGACGGGUGCUAUGUGAGUAUCUCUGUGGGCUGGAGCGACAAGACCGAUGCAGCUGCCGAUGUGCAGGCGAUUGUGCUGGAUAAGCUGGGUGAUUUGUUGGUUUGUUUGCCUUGAUGCCUUGGAUGAGUAUAAAGAAGCAGCAACGCAGCCAAAAAUAUUUGCUGCUGUCUGGGAUGUUAAUUGGCCAGUUUGCUGAAGAGUAGAUUUCACAUUCGUAGAGUAGAG